CUCUCUCUCUUUAUCUAUCAUCUCUGUUUCUCUGUGCAUGUUUUGAUUUCGCAAUUGAAUUAUGUGCUUUUAAAUCUCUCUUUUUUUUCCUUCUGUGAUCGGUUUCGCAAUAGAAUUUCUUGGUUUUGGGAUCAUUUAUACUGUAUGUUUGGGUUUUCGUAAUUUGAUUAUACCUCACCUCAGGAUGAUAUGAAAUGUUGGAUGAUGAGAUAAUAUGGCUCGUUACCACAUAAGCUCGCUGAUCUUGUUCUUAGUUAUUGCUCUGCUCGCAUCACCGAGCCAAGGCUUCCUAGGUACCAAGAAAAAGAUAAAAUCUGCAGUCUUUUACUCGCCAAAACUGGUGAUGAGUCCUGGAUCAGUGUCAGAUUUUUACUUACUUGACAUGGAUUUCCCAAGAGGGCAUAUCGGCCUCAAAAGUUUCCAUGCUGAAGUGGUUGAUGAAGCGGGCAACCCCGUCCCUCUACACGAGACAUAUCUCCACCACUGGGCUGUCCAACCUCACUAUGUGCGUAAAGGUGCUAAGCUUCCACAGCAAGAAAUGUUACGAAGGCAAGACCCCAAAAGCAAUCUUUAUUCGGCAUCGGAUAUUAUUCUUGUCAAAAACGGAGGGUUGUGCAGGAGUCCAGUGCUCAGACAUUACUUUGGGUCAGGAUCUGAAACCCGAAAUACCUCUACGUAUGUUCCUGAUCCUUACGCCAUUGAAAUCGAUAACCCUGAGGAAAGACCUGAUGGCUAUGAAUUCAAAUGGCUUCUCAACAUUCACGCUAUAGACACCAGAGGUGUGGAGGACAAGACAGGAUGCAUAGAAUGUCUCUGUGAUCUCUAUAAUGUAACCGUUAAUGAGUACGGUCGUACUAUAAAACCGGGAUACAAAGGAGGUUUACACUGCUGCUACGAUAAGACUCAGUGUCCUGUGAAAAGCGGAUUUGGCAAUGGAGAGAAAAAAAGAAAUCUGUAUUUGAAGUACACUGUGAAAUGGGUUGAUUGGGACAAGACGGUUUUGCCCGCUAAAAUUUAUAUUUUCGAUGUUACAGAUUCUUGGAAAAAAUCAGUAGGAGAUAGCCAAGAACAUAUUUGCAAAGUGGAAUACGAUGUGGAACCGUGCAAAACCAAUGGCGAUGGAUGCAUUGAUGUUAAGAAAAAGAGCUUAGUGAUGCCAUUUAAUGGGUAUAUUGUCUACGGCGUAGCUCACCAGCACGCGGGUGGUAUCGGUGCUGCUCUGUACCGAGAUAGCGGUGAAGAAAUAUGUACUUCGAUGGCCAAGUAUGGGAAUGGAGUUGAACCUGGAAACGAAGCUGGUUACAUUGUUGGAAUGACGUCUUGUUAUCCUGCUGAUCCAGUGAAAGUGAGCUAUGAAGAGACAUUGACUUUGGAGGUUAACUACAGUAGUGCCGUUGGUCAUACCGGAGUUAUGGGACUCUUUCACAUCUUUGUUGUUCAGCAGUUGCCUGAACCAGAGCUCUCCUUGCCUAAUCUUUUUCAGGCACCUGCGGGAAGCGUGAGCGUUUUAGCAUUUUUGGCUGUGACGGUGUUGGUGGCGGUAGUGGUUUUAAUAGCCGCCGUGAUAUACCGGAGACAGAACCGGGAAGAUGGUUACCAAUCACUUAGUACAUGAAGAAAUAGUAAAAACCAUGUCCACUACAUGUUUUUCAAAGUUAAUUUUGUUUGUAUACGAAGAAUUGAAUUAUUGAAAAUAAGGACCAAUUUGUUGUCAUCUUCCUCUGAUGUGAUAUUGAUAUAUCUGUAACAGUUACGUGUAUGUAAGAAGCACUUGGCGUUGUCAAAUACAUCACAUUCACAUAAUA